GGAGUUUCAUAUAUAUCGAAACGACAUCCCGAAAUCGAAAAAAGAACAGGGAAAUUCCAAAAGAGGAGUCGGAGGCAAAUCGCGAUCCAGGAUUGAUCUCAGAAACCCUAGAUUCAAACCCUCUGAUAACAAAUCCAUUUUCUGGGGUUUCUUGAGCAUCAACUGACAUUCAUGCCCACGAAAAUUGAGUUUUUUUUUUUCUCUUCAUUUAACAUCAACGUGAAGGAACACUGAGAGAGGAGCGGAUCGAUCAAUGGUGAUUGUAUCUGUGUGGUUGUUCCAGUGGAGUUGAUUGAGGGAGUGUGGGAAUUGAGAUGAGAGGUGAGUGUUUGUGGGGACAAUGAAUGGAGGGUCAUUGGGUAUGCGUUCAGGGAGUUAUGGCUCAUUGCUGCAGCAGCAACAACAGCAACAACAACUUCAGAACGGUGGUUUGUUGCCCGUUCAAGCGACGCCGCUUCCUCCUCCUCUUCCGGGCUAUUCCCUUGGCCGCAAGCCGCCCAAGAUGGUCAAAGAGAAGGAGAGGUUUGUUCAUUGGAUCUGUAAGUUUGCCGGCCGCAAGAAGGUUGGAAUGCUGCUGCUUUGCGUAGUCUCUGCCGCGGUUUUCGUUUGGGUUUUGUACGUUGGCAAAGGUGAAGAUGCACGAGAAGUUGAUAGUGUGGGAAAACUUGGAGCCAAUGGCAGCCCGGCCUUCGUUUAUACUAAAUCUUUUAGUACACGCUCUCUUGAUUUAUACAGAAUGAACAAUAGUUCUUUUGUGAGAAGUGAAAGUGUAGCGCAGCCUCCUCCUCCUCCUCCUCCUCCUCCUCCUCCUGCCCCAGUGUUUUUGGGGUAUAACCUUCCUCCAGGGCAUCCAUGUGAAAAUUUUGCAUUGCCGCCCCCACCAGCCGAUAAAAAACGAACUGGACCACGGCCAUGUCCAGUAUGUUACCUUCCUGUGGAAGAAGCCAUCGCCUUAAUGCCAAAAUACCCAUCACCUUCUCCCUUACUUAAUAAUUUAACAUUUGUCUAUGAGGAAAAUUUAACCAAAGGUGAUUCAUUUGGCGGCUCUGACUUUGGUGGAUAUCCUUCUCUGGAUCAGCGGGCUAAUUCUUAUGAUAUAAGAGAAUCAAUGACUGUGCACUGCGGAUUUGUCAGAGGAGCUAUACCCGGUCAGCGGACAGGAUUCAACAUGGAUGAUUCUGACCUUUUUGAGAUGGAGCAAUGUCAUGGUGUGGUUGUUGCAUCUGCAAUAUUUGGAAACUAUGAUGUGAUACAACAGCCAAAGAAUAUUAGUGAUGCUGCAAAAGAGAAUGUCUGCUUCUAUAUGUUUGUGGAUGAAGAAACCGAAGCUCAUUUGAAGAAUUCUUCUGGUUUGGAUGACAACAAGAGGGUUGGAUUGUGGAGAAUUGUUGUUGUUCACAACCUCCCUUACAAUGAUGCAAGACGCAAUGGAAAGGUUCCAAAGCUUCUACUGCAUAGGAUGUUCCCUAAUGCUCGCUAUUCUCUGUGGAUUGAUGGAAAGCUUGAGCUUGUGGUGGAUCCAUUUCAAAUUCUUGAAAGGUUCCUGUGGAGGAAAAAUGCCAGUUUUGCAAUCUCGAGACAUUAUAGACGCUUUGAUGUGUUUGUAGAAGCUGAGGCAAAUAAAGCUGCUGCGAAGUAUGAUAAUGCAUCGAUAGAUUUUCAGGUUGAGUUUUAUAAAAGUGAGGGUUUAACACCAUAUUCUGAGGCUAAGCUUCCCAUUACAAGUGAUGUGCCUGAAGGGUGCGUGAUUGUAAGGGAACACAUUCCUAUUAGCAACCUAUUUACUUGCCUUUGGUUCAACGAAGUUGACCGUUUUACUUCCAGGGAUCAAAUAAGUUUUUCCACCGUAAGAGAUAAGAUUAGAGCAAAGACAAAUUGGACCGUCAAUAUGUUUUUGGACUGUGAAAGGCGUAACUUUGUAGUUCAGGGGUACCAUAGAGAUGUACUAGAGCACAUGGCUUCUUCAGUUGCUCUGCCUCCCCCUCUUGUGCUGGCUGUUGAGCCCCCACCGUUGGUUAAUAAACUGCCUGUGCCACCACCACCCCCACCACCGCCACCGCCUCCUGAGAUCUCAACUGUGAGGGUUGUAAGUAAUCCAGUCACAAGGGUCCCAGCAAAGCGCAGCAGAGAAAGGAGAUCCAGUUCAAAGCGUCACCGGAAAGUUGUGGCCGGUGCUAAGGGCAUUGAUUCAAGUUAAAAUUUUGUUAAGUUCAAUGGAUCAGUGGAGUGCGGUAGUAUUGCUGAUGGCAGUGAAGAGUUGGAAGUAGAGUGAAAUGGUUGAGGUGGCCAAGUAACAGCAGCAAUGGUGACAAUGCAUUAGUAGCAGUGGUGGGACAGGAAAUGAUAUAGGU